GCCGUAGCCGCUGCGCCGCCGCUUCCUGCGCCGCGGACCCGGAUGCGCCGAGCGGCUGAGGCGCGCUCGAGCCUCCCGCCGUCUCGACGCGGCAGAGCGCGGCCCUGAGGCCCCGGAGAAUAUUACGUGAAAUAGUGAAGGGAGGUGAUAAUGCACCAUGGCAGCGGUCCUCAGAAUGUCCAGCACCCGCUGCAGCGGUCCAGGUCCUUUACCGGCAGUGAAGAGGAGCAGCCGGCUCAGCCAAACCUGUCCCCAUCCCCCGCAGCACCCUUUGCUCCGUCUGCCAGCCCCUCCGCACCGCAGUCCCCCAGUUACCAGAUACAGCAGCUGAUGAGCAGAAGUCCCGUGACUGGACAGAAUGUGAACAUCACCCUGCAGAGCGUUGGCCCUGUCGUGGGAGGAAACCAGCAGAUCACACUGGCCCCGCUGCCGCUGCCCAGCCCUACCUCACCAGGCUUCCAGUUCAGUGCGCAGCAGAGGCGCUUUGAGCAUGGCUCCCCAUCAUACAUCCAAGUUACCUCCCCGCUGUCUCAGCAGGUCCAGACGCAGAGCCCCACACAGCCCAGCCCAGGAGCGGGGCAGGCCCUGCAGAGUGUGCGUGCUGGGGCCCCGGGCCCAGGGCUGGGUAUUUGCAGCAGCAGCCCCACUGGAGGCUUUGUGGAUGCCAGUGUGCUUGUGAGGCAGAUCAGCUUGAGUCCAUCCAGCAGCGGGCACUUUGUGUUUCAGGAGGCACCAGGCCUUGCCCCGAUGGCUCAGGGAGCCCAGGUUCAGCUCCAGCAUGCAGGGACUCCCAUUGUGGCCCGAGAACGGAGACUGUCCCAACCGCAUGCGCAGUCAGGAGGCACUAUUCACCAUCUGGGGCCCCAGAGCCCUGUGGCUGCAGGUGGGACUGGCCUGCAGCCCCUGGCCACCCCAGGCCAUAUCACCACAGCAAGCCUGCCGCCCCAGAUCAGCAGCAUCAUCCAGGGCCAGUUGAUCCAGCAGCAACAGCAGGCACUGCAGGGCCAGCCACUGAGCAGACCUCUUGGAUUCGAGAGGGCUCCCGGCGUGCUACUCCCUGGGGUUGGGGGACCCUCACCAUUUGGGAUGACAUCCCCUCCACCACCCACCAGCCCGUCCAGAACUACCAUGCCCCUGGGCCUUUCCAGCCUACCCCUCACGUCUGUGGGCAGCUUAGGGGUGAAGAAGGUACCCAAGAAGCUGGAGGAGAUCCCCCCAGCCUCCCAGGAGAUGGCGCAGAUGCGGAAGCAGUGCCUGGACUACCACUACAAGGAGAUGGAGGUGCUCAGGGAGGCCUUCAAGGAGUAUCUUAUUGAACUGUUUUUCUUGCAACAUCUUCAGGGGAACAUGAUGGAUUUCCUAGCCUUUAAGAAGAAGCAUUAUGCCCCGUUACAAGCGUAUCUUAGGCAGAAUGAUUUGGACAUUGAAGAGGAAGAUGAAGAGGAGGAAGAAGAGGAAGAAAAAUCUGAGGUUAUUAAUGAUGAGGUAAAGGUUGUGACAGGCAAGGAUGGGCAGACUGGGACUCCUGUUGCUAUAGCAACCCAGCUUCCGCCAAAUGUUUCUGCUGCUUUUUCAUCCCAGCAGCAACCAUUUCAGCAGCAGGCCCUGGUGGGGAGCCUGGUGGCGGGGCCUGGCACUGCAGCAGAGGCGGACCCCUUCCGGAGGCAACCAGCGAUGCCACCUGCAGAGCAGUCUAAGCGACCUCGCCUUGAAGUGGGUCAUCCAGGGGUAGUUUUCCAGCAUCCAGGGGUGAACACAGGCGUCCCUCUGCAGCAGUUAAUGCCGACAGUCCAAGGAGGGAUGCCACCCACCCCCCAAGCCGCUCAGCUCUCUGGACAGAAGCAGAGCCAGCAGCAGUAUGACCCCUCCACAGGACCCCCUGUGCAGAACGCUGCCAGCCUGCACACUCCACCGCCGCAGCUGCCCGCCAGGCUACCCCCAGCCAGCGUGCCCACUGUAGCCCUCCCUUCCUCGAUGCAGUUCUCGCAGCAGCCUCAGGUGGGCGAGGCCCAGGCCCAGCUCCAGAUCCCGGGGAAGACUCAGCAGCCACACAUCCCUGUUCCUGCCGCCCCUCCCAGUCAGCUCCCCACCCCUUCUGCCCAGCCUGCACAGCCAGCCCUCCAUACCCCGGUGGCCGGGAAGGCACAGCUGCAGGUCUCUCAGCUUCCGGUCCAGCCCCAGACUGUGGCGUCGGCCAGGCCCCCACUGGACCCUGCCCAGCCCUGCCAGCGGCCCCUGCCCACCCCAUCUUCUUCCUCGUCCCUUGCACCUGUGAGUGGUGCAGGCCCGGGACCCUUGCCUGCACGGUCCUCGCCAGUGAGCAGACCCUCCGCAAGCAGCAAGGCGUUGUCUCCUGUCACUUCCCGGUCUCCUGGGGCAGCGGUGCCGGGCCCCCCCAAACCACAGAGCCCUGCACAGAAUGUUACCACAUCCCAGGACACCCCUCAGGAGAAGCUGGCAGAGCAGAUAGCCCUGGAAAACCAGAUCCACCAGCGGAUAGCAGAUUUGCGAAAGGAAGGCUUAUGGUCUUUGAGGCGGCUGCCUAAGCUGCAGGAGGCCCCCCGCCCCAAGUCCCACUGGGACUACCUUCUGGAGGAGAUGCAGUGGAUGGCCACAGACUUUGCCCAGGAGCGAAGGUGGAAGUUGGCUGCUGCUAAGAAGCUCGUCAGAACUGUGGCACGCCAGCAUGCAGAGAAGCAGCUUCGAGAGGAAAGGGGGAAGAGAGAGGAGCAGAACAGACUGCGGCGCAUUGCUGCCUCCGCUGCCCGAGAGAUUGAGCACUUCUGGUCAAACCUCGAGCAGGUUGUGGAAAUAAAACUACAAGUAGAAUUAGAAGAAAAAAGGAAAAAGGCCUUAAAUUUACAGAAAGUUUCUAGGAGAGGAAGAGAGUCUCGAUCUAAGGGAUUUGAUGCACUGUCAGAACACUUCUUGGAUUCAGGACUCUCUGGAAGAAAGAGAAAAGCUAGCACAUGUCUGACGGAUGAUGAAGUGGAAGAUGAAGAGGAGACCAUUGAAGAGGAGGAGGCGCACGAAGGGAUUGUAGACCACCACACAGAGCUCUCUAAUCUGGCCAAAGAAGCUGAGCUGCCCCUCAUGGAUCUGGUGAAGCUGUACGAAGGUGCGUUUCUGCCAGGCUUUCAGUGGACCCCACCUGAGCCUGUCAAGGACGAGUCGAGUGGAGAGGAGGAUGUGGAGGACUGCCUUGGGGACAGGGAGACCCGCAGGGACCUGGUCCUCAUAGAUUCGCUGUUCAUCAUGGACCAGUUCAAAGCUGCAGAGAGGAUGAGUGUCGGCAAACCCAACACAAAGGACAUCGCAGAGGUCACUGCUGUGGCCGAAGCCAUCCUGCCCAAGGGCAGCUCCCGGGUCACAACCGCGGUGAAGUUCAGCACUCCCUCUUUGCUGUACGGCGCCCUCCGAGACUACCAGAAGAUCGGCCUGGACUGGCUGGCCAAGCUCUACAGAAAGAACCUCAAUGGCAUCCUGGCCGACGAGGCUGGGCUUGGCAAAACUGUGCAGAUCAUUGCUUUCUUUGCCCACCUCGCCUGUAAUGAAGGUAAUUGGGGUCCGCACCUUGUUGUCGUGAGGAGUUGUAACAUACUCAAGUGGGAACUUGAGUUGAAACGGUGGUGUCCCGGGCUCAAAACCCUUGCCUAUGUCGGCAGCCACAGAGAACUCAAAGCAAAGAGACAGGACUGGACCGAGCCCAACAGCUUCCACAUCUGUGUCACAUCCUACAAGCACUUCUUCAGAGGCUAUGCUGCCUUCUCCCGUGUGCGCUGGAGGUGCCUCAUCGUCGAUGAGAUGCAGCGCGUGAAGGGCAUGGCAGAGCGGCACUGGGAAGCAGUGUUCAGCCUGCAGAGCCAGCAGCGCCUGCUUUUGCUCGACAUGCCACUGCACAACACCUUCCUGGAGCUGUGGACCAUGGUGCACUUCCUCAUUCCCGGCAUCUCACGGCCCUACCUGAGCUUCCCACUGAAGGCGCCCAGUGACGAAAACCAGGAUUACUACCACAAGGUGGUCAUCAGGCUGCACAGGGUGACACAGCCAUUUAUUCUGAGGAGGACAAAGAGAGAUGUGGAGAAGCAGCUGACAAAGAAGUACGAGCAUGUGUUGAAGUGCCGCCUCUCUAGCCGGCAGAAGGCCUUGUACGAGGAUGUCAUCCUGCAGCCUGGGACUCAGGAGGCUUUGAAGAGUGGGCACUUCAUCAAUGUGCUGAGCAUCCUGAUGAGGCUACAGCGCAUCUGCAACCACCCCGGGCUCAUCGAGCCACGGUGCCCUGACUCCUCCUACGUAGCAGCAGCUCUGCAGUACUGGUCAGCCUCGCUGAUCCUGAAGGUGCUAGAGAGAGACCCAUGGAAGGAAACCGAUCUUUCUAUAUUUGAUAUCAUUGGAUUAGAAAAUAAAAUCACUCGCUAUGAGGCAGAACUGCUAUCUAAGAAAAAGGUGACCCGGAAACUUAUGGAGGAGAUCUUCGCCUCACCACCUCUGGCAGCCCGGCCGGUGGCAGUGAAGCUGAAGGCCAGUAGGUUGUUUCAGCCUGUGCAGUAUGGUCAGAAGCCUGAGGGUCGCACUGUGGCAUUCCCCAGCACACAUCCGCCCCGGACAGUGACUGCUAAUGCAUCUGCAGCUGCCCCACAAGGCCCAGUUCGAGGACGCCCACCAAUUGCCACAUUCUCGGCAAACCCAGACACGAAAGCGGCAGCAGCCCCGUUUCAGACCUCUCAGGCUUCCACCAGUGCUCCUCGACACCAGCCCGCCUCGACCUCCAGCACAGCCACAGGCCCAGCCCACCCUGCGCGACUGAGGGCGCAGACCACUGCCCAGGCCUUGGGUGCAGGCCUGCCCCCGCCCCUGCCCCAGGCGCCCUCGCUGGCGGCUGGGCAGAGCGCGCCGCCCCAGCGGCUGGUGCUCACCUCGCAGGCCCAGGCCCGCCUGCCCAGUGGAGAGGUGGUGAAGAUAGCACAGCUGGCAUCCAUUGCGGGGCCUCAGAGCCGGGUUGCUCAACCAGAGACACCUGUGACUCUCCAGUUCCAGGGGAACAAGUUCACCUUGUCACACAGCCAGCUACGGCAGCUCACAGCAGGCCAGCCCCUGCAGCUGCAAGGCAGUGUCCUCCAGAUUGUAUCUGCCCCCGGGCAGCCCUACCUGCGCGCGCCUGGCCCUGUGGUGAUGCAGACCGUGUCGCAGGCGGGCGCUGUGCACGGUGCCCUGGGAAGCAAGCCCCCGGCCAGCGGCCCCACCCCUGCACCCCUGACCCCACAAGUUGGUGUUCCCGGGCGAGUGGCAGUUAACACCAUGGCUGUCGGAGAGUCUGGACUGGCCUCCAAGCCGGCCUCUCCCGUUGGAGGGCCAACGCAGGAGGAAAAGACCAGACUUUUGAAAGAGCGGCUGGAUCAGAUUCAUUUUGUCAAUGAGCGGCGCUGUUCCCAGGCUCCAGUGUAUGGCAGAGACUUGCUGAGGAUAUGUUCCCUGCCUAGCAGGGGGAAGAUGCCGUGGCUCCUGUCUCUCAAUGGCAGCGUUGGGAAGGGUGCAGGGUCAGCAAGCUCCUGCUUGUCACCCUGGAAAAGUAAAGGGGAUCUGGUUUUGACCUUGAAUCAGCACCAGGAAUCCCUCCAGGAUGUUCUUGACAGGGUGGCCUGUGUGAUUCCUCCAGUGGUGGCUGCACCCCCCUCUCUGUGGGUGGCCAGGCCACCCGCCCAGUACCGCCACAGGCUGCGGGCCCUGCAACAGCGCCUACGAGAGCACACUGCUCCCUACCUGCGGCAGCUGCGGCAGCUGACCACGCUGCGCUUGCUGCAGUUCCCUGAGCUGAGGCUGGUGCAGUUCGACUCAGGAAAGUUAGAAGCGCUGGCUAUCCUGCUUCAGAAGCUGAAGUCUGAAGGACGUCGUGUGCUGAUUUUGUCCCAGAUGGUGCUUAUGUUAGACAUUUUAGAAAUGUUCUUGAAUUUUCAUUAUCUCACCUAUAUAAGAAUUGAUGAAAACGCCAACAGCGAACAACGGCAGGAGCUGAUGAGGAGUUUCAACAGGGACAGGCGAAUUUUCUGUGCUCUCCUCUCCACUCACAGCCGUGCCACGGGCAUAAACCUGGUAGAGGCAGACACUGUGGUGUUUUAUGACAAUGACCUAAACCCAGUGAUGGAUGCUAAGGCCCAGGAAUGGUGUGAUCGGAUCGGGAGGUGCAAGGACAUCCACAUAUACAGGCUUGUGAGUGGCAAUUCUAUUGAAGAGAAAUUGUUGAAAAAUGGAACUAAAGAUUUGAUCCGUGAAGUGGCUGCCCAGGGAAAUGACUACUCCAUGGCAUUCCUCACACAGCGAACCAUCCAGGAGCUGUUUGAGGUUUACUCACCCAUGGACGAUGCUGGCUUCCCAGUGAAAGCAGAGGAGUUCGUUGUGCUUUCCCAGGAGCCUUCUGUCAGUGAAACCAUCGCACCCAAGAUCGCGAGGCCUUUCAUAGAGGCCCUCAAGAGCAUUGAGUGCCUGGAGGAGGACACACAGAAGGGUACAGAGGAAGCGGUAACUGGGCCUGGCACCAGCCUGCUGUGCUCAGACUCAGAGGACUCCAGACAUGAAGAGGAGCCGUCCCAGCUAGAGGAGCUGGCUGACUUCAUGGAGCAGCUUACUCCCAUUGAGAAAUAUGCUUUGAAUUACCUGGAAUUGUUUCAUACGACCAUUGAGCAAGAAAAAGAGAGAAAUAGUGAGGAUGCAGUGAGGGCCUCUGUGAGAGAGUGGGAGUCAUGCAACGCCCAGGCCCUGCAAGAGAAGGAGGCCCAGCUGCAGCGGGAGCAGGAGGAGGCGGAUCUGCUCACCUACACACGGGAGGAUGCAUACAACAUGGAAUACAUCUACGAAGACACUGAUGGGCAGACGGAGGUUAUGCCGCUCUGGACUCCGCCUACCCCCCCCCAGGAUGACAAUGACAUCUACAUCGACUCUGUCAUGUGUCUGAUGUAUGAGACCAUGCCCAUCCCAGAAGCCAAGCUGCCCCCUGUGUAUGUGAGGAAGGAGCGCAAGCGUCACAAGACAGACCCUUCAGCCGCAGGCAGAAAGAAGAAGCAGCGGCAUGGCGAGGCGGUCGUGCCGCCCCGGUCCCUGUUUGAUCGGGCCACCCCGGGCAUGCUGAAAAUCCGGCGUGAGGGCAAGGAGCAGAAGAAGAACCUGCUGCUAAAGCAGCAGGCACCCUUCGCCAAGCCGCUGCCCACCUAUGUCAAGUCCUCUGGGGACCCCCCGCAGGACAGCCCUGAGUGGCUUAUUGGCGAGGACUGGGCCCUGCUGCAGGCUGUGAAGCAGUUACUCGAGCUGCCCUUGAACCUCACGAUAGUGUCACCUGCCCACACACCUAAUUGGGAUCUUGUCAGUGAUGUUGUUAACUCCUGCAGUCGAAUCUACCGUUCUUCCAAGCAGUGCCGGAAUCGCUAUGAGAACGUCAUCAUUCCCAGAGAGGAAGGAAAGAGCAAGAACAACCGUCCUUUGCGCACAAGCCAGAUCUACGCCCAGGAUGAGAACGCCACCCACACUCAGCUGUACACAAACCACUUUGACUUGAUGAAGAUGACGGCCGGCAAGAGGAGCCCCCCUAUCAAACCUCUGCUUGGCAUGAAUCCCUUUCAGAAGAACCCCAAGCACGCCUCUGUGUUGGCAGAAAGUGGAAUCAACUAUGACAAACCGCUGCCUCCCAUUCAGGUUGCGUCCCUCCGUGCAGAGCGAAUCGCAAAAGAGAAGAAGGCUCUGGCCGAUCAGCAGAAGGCACAGCAGCCAGCCGUGGCACAGCCACCCCCCCAGCAGCAGCAGCCCCCACCGCCCUCUCAGCAGCCACCACCACCACUACCCCAGGCACAGGCUGCUGGCAGCCAGCCAUCCACGGGGCAGCCCACUGCUCCACCCCAGCCACAGACUCAGGCCCAGCCGCAGCCUGUGCAGGCCCCGCCAAAAGGGCAGCCUGCGAUCACGACCGUGGGCAGUGCUGCAGUGCUGGCAGGAACCAUUAAAACCUCAGUGACUGGCACAAGUAUUCCAACAGGCACUGUGAGUGGCAACGUGAUCGUGAACACCAUCGCAGGCGUCCCUGCUGCCACCUUCCAGUCCAUUAACAAGCGUCUCGCAUCGCCAGUGGCUCCUGGAGCCUUGACUACCUCGGGAGGCUCUGCCCCUACGCAGGUGGUCCACACCCAGCAGCGAGCAGUUGGCUCCCCAGCCACCGUGACCACUGACCUGGUGUCCAUGGCAACAACUCAGGGUGUUCGAGCGGUCACUUCUGUGACAGCUUCGGCUGUGGUAACCACCAACCUAACCCCAGUGCAGACCCCAGCCCGGUCUUUGGUCACUCAGGUAUCCCAAGCCACAGGGGUGCAGCUGCCUGGAAAAACCAUCACCCCUGCGCACUUCCAGCUCCUCCGACAACAGCAGCAGCAGCAGCAGCAGCCACCACCACAGCAGCCCUCUCAGGUGCCAGUUCCACAGAUCCAGGGCCAGGCUCAGUCCCCUGCCCAGAUCAAGGCCGUGGGCAAGCUGCCACCGGAGCACAUCAUCAAGAUGCAGAAGCAGAAAAUGCAGCUGCCCCCACAGCCCCCAGCCCCGCCGGCCCAGCCAGGGCCCCCCCAGCCUCCGGCACAAGUGCAGGUGCAGCCCCCUCCGCCCCCGCAGCAGCAGAGCCCCCAGCUCACCACAGUCACCGCCCCUCGACCUGGGGCCUUGCUCACAGGCACCACUGUGGCCAACCUCCAGGUGGCGCGGCUCACCCGAGUUCCUGCUUCUCAACUGCAGGCGCAAGGGCAGAUGCAGACUCAGACACCCCAGCCAGCCCAGGUGGCCCUGGCCAAGCCUCCAGUGGUGUCUGUCCCAGCUGCCGUGGUCUCUUCACCAGGGGUCACGACCUUGCCCAUGAACGUCGCAGGGAUCAGCGUGGCAAUCGGGCAGCCACAGAAAGCAGCAGGGCAGACUGUCGUGGCCCAGCCUGUGCAUGUCCAGCAGCUGCUGAAGCUCAAGCAGCAGGCUGUCCAGCAGCAGAAGGCCAUCCAGCCGCAGGUCACCCAGGGCCAGGCUGCCGUCCAGCAGAAGCUAACUUCACAGCAGAUCGCUGCCCAGGGCCCACAGCAGAAGGUCACCUAUGCUGCCCAGCCAGCCCUUAAAACACAGUUCCUGACCACGCCCAUCUCCCAGGCGCAGAAACUGGCUGGGACGCAGCAGGUACAGACACAGAUCCAGAACUGGCUCUUUGUGGCUCUUUGCACUUGGCGUAUUCAGUUAUCAUCAGCUUAGUGAGCUCAUAACCACAGUGCAACAACUGUUGGAGUUCAUUGGGAUCUCACCGACUCUGUGGAGCACAGUCGACAUCUUUAGUCUCACCUUCCAGUUCACCAGCGUGUACCUUUUGUUGUUCAAGUGGUUUUCUCAUUUCUUAAUAAAGGUGUCAUAAAUUGUAUUAGGUUUAUUCCUAACUAGUAUUUUCUGAGACUUUUGUCAGUGAUAUGCUUUUACAUUUCUAUCUUCUGUCCUGGCUGCUGUACAUUUUGUCUUUUGGUUUUUUAAUGUGCAGGCUUGUUGGGAUUUUUGUGAUCCGAGUAGUUCACCUAUAGGGGUUUCACUUGGCGUUGAGGCCUCCCCUCCCCAAGCUGGCUGCUGACCAUGGUCCUGCCCUGCCCUGCCCCGGCCUGGCCUGGCCUAGACUGUGAAGGGAGCUGUUUCUUGGUUUAAAGUCACCUUCCAUUAGAUGAGGGAAUGCUGUUCUAGUUUGUGGAACCUCCUGUCAUGGUGUCCUCGGGCUUUGUGCACUUUGCCUCGGGGCUAUAAGUGCCCCUAGGUACUAUGGCACCUGUGAGGUCUGUGCUGGCUGCCCCCAGAGUGCCAGCCCCUCACACCUGCCUGCCUUGAACAGUUCCACAAGUUGCCAGCUGCUGUACGAGCAUGCCUGCUGUGUCCUCCCCCUGCUUCCGAGAGGGGUGUGACGCUGUUUCCCAGUGUGGCUCUGAUAGCCUGUUCUUACAUUUUUUUCCUCUUCUUCCUCCAUAUCUUAAGGUUUGUUAACCGCUACAUAUAAACUGAUCUUCCAUCAUCUAGGAGUGGUCCUCACUGUCUUCAGUAUGACUUGGAGGCCUAUGUUGCUCCUGGUGUAAAGCUGCACCCUGACUUCUGUUAGGGUUUCUCUGCAUCUCUGCCCUGCUUUGACGUCUGCAGUGCUGACUUCAAGUUCCAGGUGACCUUGUGUCCGCUGGGGGACACCAGGUGUCUGGGUUUUGUCCUUACAAGGUGAUGGUCCACUUGGCCCAUGGAAGGCUGCUGCACUGGGGUGUUGGCUUCGGUUUGGUGGGACGUGCCAAGCUUGUUCUGCUCUUUUCUUCUUGGCCUCUUUUGAGCUCUGCUCUUCUCUCUCCUUGUUACUGCGUUGUUAAUCUUCUCUUGGUUUGAAGACCACAGCCUGUACUAUUCUAGCGAUGCCUGGUGCGGGUACCCAGCCAUUUCCGCCUGUGCUUUCGCCUCACAGCUCGAGGUCACGCCUGCCAUGUUCCCCCAGUGCCCUUGCUCCCUCCACACAGUGCUGCUGUCACACGCUCUCAGCUCUUCUCUUCCACUGGGGACUGCUUAUGUGACGCUGCCCUUCUUCCACUUGGAGAACAUCUUUGGAAUUUCCAUGUGUUUGAAAGUGGCUGUUUUUCAUUUUUUGUCCUAAGAGGUUGUUUUGUUUCUACAGAAUUCUGCGCUGAUGAUGUUGGUUUUCUUAGGGCGACAGCAGCACCAUUGGCUGGCCUCUGCUUUGCUGUUGUGGUAGUGGUGGGGUUUUUUUUUGUUUUGUUUUUGAGACAGGCUCUUGCUGUGCAGUUGAGGCUGUCCUCAAACUCAGGUAGCCCAGGCUGUCCUUAAAUUCACAGUGAUCCUCCUGCCUCAGCCCCCCAAGGGCUGGGAUUACAGGUGUGCAGCACCACACUUAGCACACUUGUUGAUGGGAAGUAGAUGUUCAUCUGGUAGAAGCACUUUGAUGCCGCACACAUGCACAUGCAGUUCCUUGGAGGCAUUGCCUGUGCCUGUAGGGUCUGCGGUCUGGGUGCCCCUGGUUGGCUGGGCUACCCCGUAGCUGAGGCAGUGGUGGCUGCUGCUUCUCCAGGUGCUGCCACUGCUGAGCUGUUUGCAUUUCUUCUUCAUGUCGUGUGUGUCUGUGUGUGUGUGUGUCUGUGUGUGUCUGUGUGUCUGUAUGUCCCGUCCUGAGUGCUGCUGCCUUCCUCUGUCUCCAGGGCAUUCCUCUUCUGACUCUUCUUUCUUGGGUGGUCGGAUCUGUUCCUCCAAGGCCUGUGGAGUUUGAUCUGGACUGAGCUGUGUUGUGUUCAGAAGCCCCUGGUCGGCUUGGCCUCAGCUCAUGGCUUCCUGUUUCCAAGCUCCAUGGUGACACGACGCAGUGCAUGUCUGGCCGUCCCUGCUGAGGCUGGCUGCUUCUGAUCUGAGGUGUAGCCGCAGGUGCUCUUUCUGCAGCAGCCCUUCCUCUGGCACGUUGGAAGUGGGGAGCAGGCGGUCUCCUGCUCCUGAGGUGCUGUGUCUAGGUGGUGUCCCUCUCCCCGUCCCUGAGGCUGUGAGCUGGACUGUUUCCUUCCGGUCCCCUCCGGAAGGAGCUGUGCAGCCUUGGUGGCUUCGGGCUCCUGUGUGCUGCUUCCCACAGGACGGCAGCUUUGGUUGGGGUGUGGUGACUAUGGGCACCACACGGGGGUGGGUCUGGGCCGCGCUGGCCAGAACCCCUUCGCUCCAGCUUGCUGGUCCUGCCUGGCCAGGUGUGGGGAGCAGUGCCUCUCUUUCUGUCAGCUGUCGGUGUGCUUAUAACGCUGUCUGGGAGCCAGGAGUGGUGGUGCACACAUGUAACCCCAGCACUCUGGGAGGCUGAGGCAGGAGGGUCACAAGUUCGUGCCUAUCCUGGGCAACAUAGAGAGACCCUGACUCAAAAUAAUAAGAGCUGGGGAUACAGCUCAGUGUGAAGGCCCUGAGUUCAAGACCCAGUACCACAGAGCAAAGAGAGGUCUCCUCGGUAUCACACUUAGGAGGCCUCCAUGUUCCCGGUGGUGUGCAGGUCAGCACCCUGCCCUCUGUGGUCCUGCAGCGCCCGGGAGCCGGCCGCGCUGUGGCUUCCCAUCAGCUCUGGGGCUCAGGCCAGGACCGUGGCCUGGCUCAGCACCUCUUACCUUCUGUUCAUAAUUUUUAAACUAGUAAAUACUUUUGAUUAGCUUUGAUAGUGAGAACUUCCGUCGUAUAAUUCUACGUCUUCCUAGAGCGCUCCUGGGUGAGGCUGAUUUCACCGCUGUUCUUCAGGGAGGGCAUGGAAUUGGGGUUGGGGCCGCAGGGCUGGCACAGAGCCUGGCUGUUCUCUGGGCAGUGUCCCAGAUGCCACUGGCCAGACACAGUGUGCCAGUCCUGGAACAGGACAGCAGGACUUGGGUGUAGUGAAACGUCUGGGAAAAAUGAAUAGGAGGAUCUCAGCCAUGCUUUUGAGAACAGUCUGUAAGUACUCCUAAGGUGGUGGUGCACGGUGACCCCAGUCCUCCUGCAUGUUCAGCUUGCUGUCUGACCACCUGCCUGCCCAGUGGGGACAGCCCAGGACUCAAGUGACCCGCCACAUCUCUCCUCCAGUGCCUCUCAUAUAAACUUGGAGCAGUUUUAUUAAGAGAGGAAAGUAACUGAGACAGAAGACCAGAACAAGCUGAAGUUGCACACUUUCCAGAGUAGAAAGGCAGCCACCUUUCACCUUCCUGAUCCAACGAGGGCUGCGCUCUCCUCCUGCCAGGAGGGCGCUGCAGAUUGGUCUUCCAUGCCAUUCACCCAUGGGGUGUGUGUGUCUGUGUGUGUGUGUAAGAAGUGAGAAGAAAGGGGACGGAGAACGUCCCUUGUGGCACGCAUUCUUUUGAAUUCUGUGGCUUUAUGUUUGGCUUUUUUGUUUUG